GUCAUGUGAUGCCGGAAGUUGUAGGUUACUGGUGGUGGAAAUCACACGUGUGGACUGCUGUGGCCGGCAGUGGAGGGAACAUGUCCGCGGCGCUGCUCAGGAAGGGGCUGGAGCUGCUGGGCUCUGAUUCCGGCGGUAUAAAGAAAAGACCAGGAGGCAACAAUCAGCAAGCAGCAUUAAGUAGCCACAAGAUAGGAAUGAAGAAACAGCGCCGGAGACUAAAGCAGCAAGGAAAGCCCCAAAACCAGAAAGCAUCAGCCAAAAACAGAGUGAUCAGAUCGGCCGUGGAGGAGUACAAGAAGCAAACCGCGAAGGAUCAUCUCGCACAGAACCUCAAGUACAUGCUUGGUACACAAGCUAUUGCAAAUGAAGUCUCGUGCCACAAGAUUCUGAAUCAGCACUUUGGACGGAAAGCAAAAGACCAGCGUGUCAAAAAGCAAAAGAAGGUGGUAGAAAAGUCUGUCUUUACAGAUCAGGACUUCGAAAAGUUUCAGAAAGAGUAUUUUGGAGCCAGAUAGCAGAGAGGAGGUUCAGUCACCCCUUGGCAGAUAUAUUACUUUAUUUCAAGUCUACUGGUUUUCUUAUGUGUUAUGGGGCAUUAGAAAGGAUCAGAACAUUUUGUGGUGGACUAAACAAAGACACGCUGGACUGCAUUUCUCUGUAAAAUGUUAUCACUGUGUCUAUAAUCUUUGUUAUAAAACUGGGGGAAAUGUAGAAAUGAUAUGUCGCUAUGGAAAGAGAGUGCCUGAAACAAUAAAAAGAGCAAAGAGUGGAAAGUAAAGAAAGGUGGAUAGAGGGAGGCAUGCUUUCAGAAUGAUAUUAUUAACGAAGGCCACUAUGCUAGUAAAGGGGGUUUCCAGUAAGAUUAAAAAAAAAAAAAAAAGUCCAGAACAUGUUAAAAAUCACCAUGAAGGAUUUCUGUCCAUUCCCAUGCCGCUGGCCGUCUGAGACGUCGGUCCCUGCUGCUCUACUCUUCCUGUCUGGGCUCAACAUGGUAGAAACGCUAGGAAAGGCCUGCUCCUGCAAUCACUCUAAGGCCUCAUGCACACGACCGUGGCCCGUAUUGCAGCCCACAAACAGUGGGUCCACAAUAUGCAGGCAUCGGUCGUGUGUUCCCCGCAUCACGGAUGCGGACCCUUUGACUUGAAUGGGUCCGCAAUCCAGAGCAUCUAUUUUUUUUUCGCCGGUGCGGACGUAUCACCUAUUCAAGUUGAAUGGGUCUCGAUCCAUCACGGGUGCCGCACGGAAGUUGCCCUGCAUUGGGGACCGCAAAUUUGCGGUCCCCAAUGCAUGGAACGGCCGUGUGCAUGAGACCUAAGACUGGUUUCACAUCACAGUUUAUUUUUCAAUUUUUCUGAUCCAUCAGAAGAACAGAAAAAGGAGCAAA